AUGCCAGACAAACCCAGUCUACUCGAGAAGUUGGAUAUCCUUAUCUCAUUGGUGAAACAAAACCUUACUGAUGACCCAAAAAAACCUUUAAAUGAGGAGGAUAAAGCACUCAAAGAUCAGUUGGUAAGUGAAGGUAUAGAAGUGAUCAAAGGUUGUAAAGAGCUUCGAAGUCUACAAAGAGGCUAUAUAUGGAAUGUUAAAAUAGUAAAGGCACAUCUUGAUUUGAAUUAUAAUGCUGAAAGAGAAACAAAGGAGGUUUUUGAAUUUCUUGAAGCUGAGCUGAAUAUUAAACAAAAGAGAUGA